AUGGCCAGUGAAGGUGUGCCCGCGCAAACCGCCCCUCCGGCUCCAGCCGAACCAGUUCACAGUGUACUGCAUCCGGCGUCGCCAGACAGUGAGGCUACUACUAUCGAGAAAGGCAGAGCAAACGCCAAAAUCGACUACCCCGAGGCUCCUCAUCCCCAACCGCCAGGCAUUCCAGCUGUGGAGGCCACUCUCGAUGCUCCUGUUGCGUCCUCUGAGCCAGAAGCUCCAGUAGCAGCCCAGGCAGAGGAGACCAAGGCUCAGGAACAGGCCGAAAAGGAGGAAGCCGGAAAAGAAGAGAAAGAAGAGCCCCAGACUGGUGACAAGCGUGAUCUUGACUCGACUACAGCCCCAGCUCCUGCCACUGAAGAACAAAAGGACGAGCCUGCUGCUGCUCCGGAAAAGACAGAGGAGCCCGAGACCAAGAAACAGAAGCUGGAGACGGAAUCCGAACCAGCAAAUGAACCUGAAACUGCUCCGGCUACAACUGAUGGUACCAAUGGUAGUGCCAAGAAAUCAGCUGAUCGUCCCAAGAAAGACAAGGCGAAGGACGUUGUCAAGAAGGCAGUUUCGACUGAGGGAAUUGGCAGCCGUACUCGGAGCCGAACCCAGGGCGCCUAA